UUGAGAUAAAAUAAAAACUGGAGUGCUAAAAAAAAAAGAUGCUGCUGGGUCAGUGGAAUUUUGUGCACAAAAUGUAUUCGGAGGUGGGGAAGGAAGAGGGAGACUUCUAGAUGAACAUCAUGUUCUUCACUCCACCCAACCCCAAUCUUUUCGAAUCUAAAUUCAUCUCAGUUUCAUGCUUUCUUCACCCUUGUAAACUUGUACUCACUCUCAGCGUCUAGUUUUGCAGCUCAAAGUCGACUGGAGAUUUCUUGAUUUUGAGUUGUGGGAACUGUAAAACUUUGAGGAUGGUUGGUUCAUGGAUGGUAGUUCCACACUGAAGGUUGGUAGGGAAGGUAAUAAGAUUGUCACUGCUGGGAUGCCAAGCUUCAUUUCUCAAACACCAGUUUCCAAUCCUAUGGGCACAGAAGGGAACACUACGCAGAAUCCAGUUAUAUCUGAUUUUGGGGUGCUUGAGCAAUAUCUUGGUUUCCGAAUUGGAGAUGGUGCUAAUCCUAGUCGAAGGCCCCUUUUAAGUUCAACAUCUGGAACUAAUUCAUUAAUGGGCACUGAUGUGUCUGGAGCACUGAACAAGAAUCUUGCUUCUCUAAGCACAAGUUUGUCUGCUGCUGCUACCGGAUCCCAGGCACUUCAGUUGCAAAGAGGAAUACCGACAAAUCAAGUUCCUCUAUCUGGUACUACUCAUCAUGAGAAUUGGGCGGAGUCGCAGAUGGCAGAUUCCAGUUCCCACACUGAUACUUCAACAGAUAUGGAUGCAGAUGAUAAAAAUCAAGGGCAUGAAAUGGGUCAAUCUGCAGGUGUCUUAGCUUCUGAUUCCAGUGACAAAUCAAAAGGAAAAAACGUGGAUCAGAAGACAUUAAGAAGACUUGCACAAAACCGUGAAGCUGCAAGAAAAAGCCGGUUGAGGAAGAAAGCGUAUGUACAACAGCUGGAGAAUAGCAGACUUAAGCUAACACAACUAGAACAAGAGCUUCAGCGAGCACGCCAACAGGGCAUAUUUAUUUCAAGCUCGGGAGAUCAGUCCCAUGGAGCAGGCACUAAUGGGGCUUUGGCAUUUGAUGUGGAAUAUGGACGGUGGUUGGAAGAGCAAAAUAGGCAUAUUAAUGAAUUAAGGACAGCGGUGAAUGCACACGCAAGUGACACUGAUCUGCGGACUAUUGCUGACAAUGUCAAAGCGCACUUUGAUGAAAUUUACAGGCUGAAAGGAAAUGCGGCCAAAGCCGAUGUCUUCCAUGUAUUGUCGGGAAUGUGGAAAACCCCUGCAGAGCGGUGUUUUAUGUGGAUCGGUGGCUUUCGUCCUUCUGAACUUCUUAAGCUUCUUGUGAAUCAAUUGGAACCUCUAACUGAGCAGCAAUCAGAAGGGAUAUACAGCUUGCAGCAAUCGUCCCACGAGGCCGAAGAUGCACUUUCACAAGGAAUGGAUGCAUUGCAGCAAUCUCUUGCGGAAACAUUGGCCAAGGGAGCUUCCGGUCCUGAAGGGUCAUCGGGAAAUGUUGCUAAUUACAUGGGGCAAAUGGCAAUGGCCAUGGGAAAAUUAGGCACCCUUGAAGGUUUCCUCCGCCAGGCGGAUAACUUGCGACAACAGACAUUGCAGCAAAUGCACCGGGUAUUGACUACCCGACAAUCAGCCCGUUCCCUUCUUGCCAUACACGACUAUUUCUCCCGCCUUCGUGCUCUCAGCUCUCUUUGGCUUGCAAGGCCACACGAGUGAUAAACCGCCCAUUUGCUUGUGGAUAAGGAAACCCCGUUCGAUCCUCUGAAGACCCAGAAACAAAACACAAGGUGGCAUCUGUUGUGAUUUAUCUGUGCAUGUAGAAAUAUAUGAUUUGUAGCAUAUAUAUGUCUGUACUCUAAUUUGAUCCUCUGUAUUCUGUAACAAUAGGAAUCAAUAAUGUGAAAAUGUUGUCUGGACAAGGGAAACAGUAGAUAGGAUCUAUCUGCAGAAAUAUGUAAAGAGAAAAAUAAUCAAUAUUAUAUUCCCUUUGACUUCAUUUUAAUUUUUAUUCAACCA